AUGUCCCAGAUCCUGACAAGUGCCAGACCAGGCUGUGUGCUUGACUUUCGGGCUUGUCAGGUCCAGAUGCUUGUCAAAUGUAUUGUCGUUUCGGGGCGUCUUCAGUCGCGAAACCUUGUUCAUGUGCGUUGCAUGUGGUACUACCCCAGUCGCAGGGGGUCGGGUCAUGGAUUAUGUUGA